CUAGAAACAGCAAUGAGAAUUACAUUAGCUUUAUUCCUUAUAUGCUACUACGGUAUAUAUAUCACUCAUGUUUCUCCAAAAUGUCUUGAGGAUCAACAAUCUUUGUUGCUCCAAUUAAAAAACAAUUUCACGUUUCUUGAUCAAAAACCAUUAUAUUCUCCAAUCAAUCAUGAAAUAAUUAGUCGUUCCACAAAACUAAAAAGUUGGAACAAAACCACUACUUGCUGCAAUUGGAGUGGUGUUACCUGUGACAAUGAGGGACAUGUUAUUGGUCUUGACCUUAGUGGAGAACAUAUCCUUGGCGGAUUUAACAAUUCAAGUAGUCUUUUUAGUUUCCGACAUCUCCAGAAACUGAACUUGGAUGACAACUAUUUCAAUUCUUCCAUUCCAUCAGGAUUCGGCAAGUUGGAGAAGUUGACAUAUCUGAAUUUGUCACAGGCUGGAUUUGUAGGGCAGAUUCCUGCUGAGAUUUCACAGCUUACAAGGUUGGUAACUCUUGAUCUCUCGUUCAUUUCCUACUCGACAAAACCUCAAAUCCCAAAUCUGCAAAAGCUUGUUCAAAAUCUGACCAAAAUUAGGAAAUUGUAUCUAGAUGAUAUAAGUAUAACAUCUCAGGGACAUGAAUGGUGCAACGCUUUGUUGCCGUUGCGUGACCUGCAAGAGUUGCGCAUGUAUAAUUGUGAUCUUUCAGGACCCCUUGAUUCUUCCCUAGCAAAACUAGAGAAUCUAUCGGUCAUUAUUCUUGAUGGCAACAAUUUUUCAUCCCCAGUUCCAAAAACAUUUGCAAAUUUUAAGAACCUUACCACCCUCAGUCUUUCAGAUUGUGGAUUGAUUGGAACAUUUCCACAAAAGAUCUUUCAAGUUAAAACACUGACUAUUCUUGACAUAUCAUUCAACUUUUUUCUCCAGGGUUCAUUUCCGGAAUUUCCAUUAAAUGGAUCUAUCCAUACUUUGUCGAUAAGUUUCACUAGUUUCUCGGGAGAAAUCCCACACACUAUUGGUAACAUGAGGAACUUGUUUGAAUUGGACCUUUCAAACUGUCAAUUUUAUGGAACACUUCCCAAUUCAAUGUCAAACCUUACUCAUCUUACUUUUUUAGGCCUUUCUCAUAAUGAUUUAAGUGGUGCAAUUCCUUCAUCUCUUUUUACACUCCCAUCCAUAGAGGAGAUUUCGCUCUCAUUCAACCUGUUUAGUAAAUUUGACGAAUUCAUAAAUGUGUCUUCUUCUAUGUUAAACAUCCUUGAUUUAAGUAAUAAUUAUCUAUCAGGGCCUUUUCCAAUGCCCAUCUCUCAGCUCUAUUCCCUUUCUAUCAUCGAUCUUUCCUAUAACAGAUUUAAUGAUUCACCAAGUGUAGAUGAGAUUUUCGAGCUUAGAAAAUUAUCUGCACUAGACCUUUCACACAACAACAUAUCAAUCAAUGUGAAUGUUGCAAAUAUAAGUAAUAAUUUCAUUCCUAAUAUUAGGAUUCUUAAUUUGGCAUCCAACAACUUGAAGAAUUUCCCUAACUUCUUACCAAAUCAAUCAACAUUGUCCUUUCUAGACCUUUCAGAUAACCAAUUUCAAGGGAAAAUACCAAACUGGAUUUGGGAACUACAAUAUCUUACAAUUUUUAAUAUUUCUCACAAUCUUCUCUCUGAUUUGGAAGGACCUUUGCAAAAUCUCACUUCCAACUUGAAAGUUCUUGAUAUUUCCUUCAACAACAUUUAUGGAACAAUUUCUCCAUUUUUAAUCACAAUGACUAGUACCCUUAUGGCAAUAAAUUUAAUGAAUAACAAUCUCAAUGGUGUUAUACCCGAUAUGUUUCCAACUACUUGUGCCUUAAGCACUUUGAACUUCCAUGGAAAUCUGUUACAUGGGCCAAUUCCACAGUCUCUCUCUCACUGCUCAUCAUUAGAGGUAUUAGACGUCGGAUCAAAUCAACUUUUUGGUGGCUUUCCAUGCUUUUUGAAAAACAUACCUACACUUAGUGUCUUGGUUUUGCGGAACAACAGAUUGCAUGGUUCCAUAGAAUGUUCACAUUCACUAGAAAAUAAGCCUUGGAAAAUGAUUCAAAUUGUGGACAUUGCUUUCAACAAUUUCAAUGGGAAACUACCUGAAAAAUUCUUCACAGCGUGGGAAAAAAUGAUGCAUGAUGAAGACCAUGUUGUACCAGGAUUCAUUCACACAGGAAACAUAUACUAUUCUUAUCUGGAUAGUGUGACGAUUUCUACUAAAGGUCAACAGGUGAAGUUGGUUAAAAUUCUAAGAAUAUUCACAGCCAUUGAUUUCUCAUCCAAUAAUUUUGAAGGAGCAAUACCAGAGGUGUUGAUGGACUUCAAAGCAAUCCAUAUUCUCAACUUUUCAAAUAAUGCUCUCUCCGGUGAAAUUCCAUUGACUAUUGGAAAACUAAAACAGUUAGAGUCAUUGGACCUUUCAAAUAAUUCUUUGGUUGGUGAAAUUCCUAUGCAGAUUGCAAGUUUAUCAUUCCUUUCUUGUUUGAACGUCUCCUUUAAUCGUUUGGUGGGGAAGAUUCCAACAGGUACCCAACUUCAGUCGUUUGAAGCAUCUUCGUUUGAAGGAAAUGAUGGGCUAUAUGGUCCUCCAUUGAUUGAAAAACUAGAUGGUAAAAGGCAGGACUGGCAUCCACAACCAUCGUGUGGAGCACUAAUUUGUUCAAAUGACCGAAACUUUUUAAGUGUGGAAUUGGGAUUUGUUUUUGGGCUCGGAAUCAUCAUUAGUCCUAUCACGUUUUCGAAACAAUGGAGGGUAAGUUAUUGGAAACUUGUGGACAAAACUCUUUGUUGGAUGUUUUCAAGGAUGUAUCUUGAAUAUGCAACUGAUAGAGGACAAACAUACACAGUUUUAAGGUGGCGAUAUCACUAGUCAGUAGUCAUAUUAUGUUGUUUUUUGUGUUUACUUCUUUUUGCUGAUAUAUGUAUUAGAAUUUUAAAGAUACAUUCUAUUAAGUUUGAAGUAAUAGUGAUAGCGUUUCAAUCGAAAUAAAAAGGGAUGUGUUGAUUUUUAAGUUUUAACUAUACGAAUCAUAAUUCAUAAUCAUAUUUGAAAAUCAAUUCAG